AAAAAAGGGAUGCGAGGCUCGUAUUAGACCUUCUCCAUGGCUCACCUGCAAGCCCCAUACACUAAAGCUUUACUCGGGCGUUUAGGGUACGCUGAGCAAAGCCACUGUCCAGAGCAUAAGUGGGCAUCAGCUAGACAAUUUCCAGGAAGGAAAUCUAUCUUCUCCCCUUUGAUCAAGCAAGAUGAACCUGCUGAAAAGGAUACAGAUGCUCAAAGAAGCCCAUUGGAGCCACAACUGGGAAAUGAGAAAAUGCUACUCAAGGUGCAAAACGUGGAAGAACGUGCCGGCAACUCUGGACUGGGGACCAGCAAGCAAAUGGAGGCCCUGGAUCUUCCAAGUUUUCCCAGAGCAGACUCCGGGCUCUCCAAAACAAAUGACUGGAGCACAGAUCACAUGACAGAGGCCAGCCAAGGCCAACAUCAGUUUCUACCGGCAAGCCCCUUCGUAAAGACUGGAAGUGUGGAAAGUAGCGAUGCUUCUUUUGAGGGAAAUGUGGCCCAAGAGUGGGGGUCUAAGGAGGGUCCUCUUGAGCUAGAACCAGUGGUUCGGUGCCAAGAGGCCCAUGUGGGCGUCACACCAUCUGAGCCAAUACAGGACUCUGUCAACACAGCCAGAAAAUCCUGUUCCACCUCCAAGGUAGACUCCAAGGGGGUCUUAGCGGGGGUCAAGCGAAACAAGAAAGACAAAGCCGGAACGCAGAGGGGUAAUCAGCACCCGGAGGGACCUCCGUCGGCAGAUGCAGGUGAAUCUCUGCACCUUCAGCUGCCACACUGGGAUGAUUUCCUUUGCCAGCCAAGCCAGAAGGAUGCAAAUUCUGUAGAGUCAGGCGCCAAGGGGGGCCAGUGGGAAGGCAGAAGGAACAGGGGCAUGAAUGUGGUGCUAGCCCACUGCUGGCUGCCGGAAGACAAGAUGGCAGACGGGAAGCCACUGGCAGAGAUAGGGAUGUGUCUCGACUUCACAGUGGAGUCCUGCCUUCUCGCGGCCCGAGAUCACGGUUCUUCCCGGCAGGGUGAAGCGCUUUCAGAUGGCUUGGCGUUCUUGGGAAUGACAAGAGUGGCCCACAUCGUGUGGCCUCCCCAUUAUGAGCUGAGCCAGGCAGCUUCUAGAGGACCCAUGGCUUCAAAGAGGGAAGAUUCACCACCGACUCCCCUGACACAACAGGUCUGCAGGAAACGGCUUUUUUGCUUCCCGCCCCUCUUAAUUCUCCGAAGACCAACUUGCUUCUCAGGAUGGACCGCUGAACGAUCCUUAGAAAGCUGUGGGAAAGCCGCCGCCCUUCUCUUAGGCUUCCAGUGGAACCCGCCGUACUGCAAAGCAGGAGCUUCUAACUUAGCAGAAGGGGAACCGACGCAUGAAACCGAGCCCAAAGGGAACAAAACCGCCCUGAAAGCCUUGCCACGAAUGAACCCUCCAGAAGAAAAGAAGCCAGAAGAACCCCCUGGAUCAGGGCCAUUCUUCUACAUUGGGGGAGCAAAUGGAGUCGACAUAGUGAGUCUCUACUGCAAGAACAAAGGGUGGCAGCGUAUCUAUGACAACCGCCGGGAGGAUUACAUCCUGAAAUGGUGCGAGACCAAGUUUCGGGAUACCUAUUACAACUUCAGGGAAGGGGAACAGUUGCUCUAUCAGCUCCCAAACAACAAACUCCUCACCACAAAGAUUGGCCUUUUGGUGAACCUCCGGGAGUAUGAACGGGUGAUGAGCAAAAUCUCCAGGAAUUCAAAGUUAUUAAGAAUGGAGGAAUUUUUUCCUGAAACAUUCCGUCUGGACACCAAAGACGAGAGAGAACUCUUUUUUGAAGUCUACAGAGAGCCCCAUAUUUGGAUCUGCAAGCCGACUGGCUGGAACCAAGGCCGAGGGAUAUUCCUCCUGAAAAACCAAGAGGAAAUCAAAAGUCUGCAACUCAAACUGCAGGCCAUCGAAGAAGAUCCUGUAUAUAAGAAGCUGCCCUACAGAAUCCCCCAGGCAAUGAUCGUGCAAAGGUAUAUUGACAGGCCGCUGCUGCUCGAGGGAAAGAAGUUUGACGUCCGGUCUUACCUCCUCAUCGCCUGCACGUUUCCCUACAUGCUGUUCUUCGGCCACGGCUACGUCCGCCUCACCUGCCUCAACUACAAUCCCAUGUCGGAAGACCUCACUUCUCACCUGACCAACCAGUACGUGCAGAAGAAACAUCCCAUCUACAGCCACGUCAAGGAGGAGACGGUGUGGCGGAUGGAGCGCUUCAACGCCUACGUCAACGAACGCUUCCGGCACAGCAAAGGACUCCCCAAAGACUGGGUCUUCAACCAGUUUACUAAGAGAAUGAAGGAAAUCAUGUUGCACUGUUUCCUUGCUGUCAAGUCCAAACUGGAUUGCAAGCUGGGCUACUUUGAUCUGAUCGGCUGUGACUUCUUGAUUGAUGAAGACUUCAAGGUGUGGCUCUUGGAGAUGAACUCCAACCCUGCCCUACACACCAACUGCAGCGCUUUGAAGAGCAUCAUUCCCGUGGUAGUGAAUGAAACUCUGGAUCUGGCGUUCGAGAUCUUCACCAAGAGCCAAAAGAACCAGCCAAUCCUGCCUCUGGAGUCGCUCUCCCAUUUCGUGCUGCUCUACAACGGGGUGACGUCCGACAACGGGCCCCCUCGGACCACCAAGAGUAGGACUUCCCUCCGUUCCCUGCACGGCUACCGGCCCCCAAUGGAGAGCACCGCCAACAACACCGGCACCGCCAACUCCAUCGGCAGCAGCAACCGGCCGCCAGACUGGCAGCUGCCGAAAUCCAUGGAGAAGCCGCCCAAGACGGAACCGUCCGGCCUUCCCGAAGGGAUCUCCCACCCUCCUCACAAGACUAUCCCUCGGACGACUCUCCCGAUGCCCCAGAUCCAGAUAUCCAUUGUUCCCAACCUCUCCAAUUGCCCUUCUGUGAAAGCCGUCCUCCGGGGCAACCAAGUCUGUAACAGCGGGAGCCAAUAUAUCAUCCAACCCAUCGCGGAGUCGGAGAAGCAUCCCGCGGGGUCGACCAAGGCCGAGACCAGCGAUGAGAAGGCCAAAAGCAACCCCGUGGCCCCUCUCAAUUCUCUCAAAGACAAGUCCUACACGGCGUGGCUCAAACACACGUUUGGGAGCCAGGGCCACGCCGUGGGUGGCAACCCGGCCCACGUCCCCUUGACCAGUUCUCAGAUGGUCUCCCUCCAUCUGCAGUCCAACCUCCCCCCCAACGUCCCAGCGCCUCAAGAACGGGCCAGACUCCCCCGCCAGCUCAUGACCCACGCCAAGCCCCCCGGCGACGACGGCAAGACUGCGGCGGCGGCAGGAAGCUGCAGCUGCGGCGAUUCACUCCCAGAAGAUAAAAAGGCCUCUCACCGUGGCUCCUGAACGAAGAUCGCUUGUGUAUUUGGAAAAGCCAUGGU